GUAUACGAGGCACGGGAUGAGGUGAUAGACGGGGGAACCCUCCUCACCCUCUUUCCCAAUGGGCUCAGAGCGCUCACCAGAAUCGACCCUGCCAUUGUGCCCCAGCUGAUUUCCCGUGGAGUACCGGACCCCAUCAGUUUCAACCGCUCUCCAACGGGCGAUAUCCUUUUCCGGUUUGAACCCGCGUCCAGCAUCACUGCCCGCUACGGCUUCCCCAUGCUCUGCAUCCACUGGCAAGAGGUGCUCGAUGUGCUGCGGGGAAUGCUGCCAAACGAUGCCGUUCACAACGGGCACAGGCUCGUGGAGUUUACACAGGGAGAGGAGGAAGAGGGGAGCAGCGCAGUGAAAUGCGUUUUCAAAAAGGUUUCGGGCGGUGAAGAGCAGUUUCUGGAGGUGGAGACCCCGUUGCUGCUGGGGGCAGACGGCAUUCACUCGGAGGCACGGAAGCAUCUGCUGAGUGGGGCAGCAGGCAAGGGAGUGAGUGCGCGGGACAACGGCAGAACCAUCUGGAGGGCCAUCAUUGACAGCAGCCUCUGCCUGCACCCUCUGGUGCAGCCACGUCAGGUAAAUACAAUACUCGGUGUCAACCGUACUGCAACCGCCGCCGACUGUGGAGCAGGCAAACUCUUCUGGGCGUGUACACUCAUUGAUUCCGCCGAUCCGAGGGUCAGCAGCGCACGAUCCAAGGGGGGGGAGGAGGUGCGGGAGAAGAUUCUGCGGGCGUUUGAGGGGUGGGAUGUGGUGGAGCAGGUGGUCAAGGCCACUCCCCCCGACCUCAUCCUUGAACGCCGCGUGCUCGACCUCCCGCCCCUGCCCUUCUGGGUCAAAGGCAGGACGGCUCUCCUGGGAGAUGCGGCGCAUGCAGUGACGCCAGGGCUGGGGCAGGGCGCCAAUCUGGCGUUUGAGGAUGCGGCUUAG